GCUCUUGUGCUUCAGUCUCUCCGCUCUGAUUCUGCUCCGUUUCUCCUGCCCUCACUUUCCCUCUGCGCGCAGGACCCGCCCGGCAGUCCUCCACCUUGAUCCGCCUGAUGCUUUUACCGGUCGAGAGCCCUCCAUCUGUGCUAGCAAUAAAAGUGCGGGGAUUGGCAUCUUCAUUUGCUCCUAAGCUUCUUACCUACUACUACUACUUGCCAUGGCAUCUCGCGUGUUCCGACGGGGAGCAAGCGGGCUGAUUCCCCCUCGACCGUCUCGCCUCCUUCUCCAAAGGGCGGCGGCGGCCCCUGCAGGAGCCGGAGCAGCUCGCGCGCUGCACUCGACGGCCCCCGCGUUGACCAACUUUGAUGCGCCGUUCACGACAAUAUCCCAGAGCGGCCUGAGCGAGUCGCAGAUGGACGUCCGCACGGCCAUCCAGGCCAUCACGGACCGCUUCGACGAUGCCUACUGGCUGGAAAAGGACCGCGCACAGAGUUAUCCCCACGAGCUGUACGAUGCCCUCGCCGAGGGCGGCUGGGUGGGCAUCUGCAUGCCGCCCGAGUACGGCGGCGCUGGCCUGGGCAUCUCGGAGGCGACGGUGAUGCUGCAGACGAUUGCCGAGUCCGGCGCAAGCGUGUCGGGCGCCCAGAGCAUCCACGCCAACGUGUACCCGAUCAUGCCCCUGAUUGAGUUUGCGUCGCAGGAACAAAAGGAGGACUGGCUGCCGCGUAUUCUCGACGGCCGGAUCCGCAGCUGCUUUAUGAUCACGGAGCCAAACGUCGGCCUCGAGACGCUCAAGAUCAAGACGCGCGCCGAGAAGCGCGGCAACAAGUGGGUCAUCAACGGCAGCAAGAUCUGGACCUCGUCGGCGCAGGUGGCCUCGCACGGCGUCAUUCUCGCCCGUACCUCGGAGCCGUCAGAGACGUCGCGGUCCGGCGGCCUCUCGCUUUUCUUUGCCCCGCUACGACGGGCCGCGCCCAAGACGCCGCACACGAGUGCCGAGGACAGCGAGCUGCGGAGCGGCCUCGAGAUGCGCAAGAUUGACAAGAUGGGCGGCAACGCAGUCGACGCAAACGAGGUCUGGUUCGACGACUUUGAGGUCGACGACUACUGCCUCGUCGGCGACGAGGGCACCGGCUUCAAAAAGGUGCUCCACGGCAUGAAUGCCGAGCGGUGCCUCCUCGCCGGCGAGGCUCUGGGUACCGGCUACGCGGCGCUGCGAAAGGCGACGAGCUACGCGGGCGACCGCGUCGUCUUUGGCAAGCCCAUCGGCCAGUUCCAGGGCGUGCAGCACCCGCUGGCCAUGGCCUGGGCCAAUCUCGAAGCAGCCAGGCACCUCUCCUAUGCCGCUGCCCGGCUCUACGACGAGCGCAACCCAGACGCGGGCGCUCAGGCCAACGCGGCAAAGCUCGUCGCCAGCGAGGCUGGCUACAAGGCCUGUGAGGCUGCCCUCAUGGCCAUGGGCGGCAUGGGCUACAGUCGCGAGUUCCACGUCGAGAGGUAUCUCCGGGAGAGCUUCGUUCCCCGACUCGCGCCCGUGUCUCGCGAGAUGAUCCUCAACUAUAUUGGACAACGGGUGCUGCAGCUGCCCAAGUCGUACUGAGCAGCUGCCUUAGUCGUAUUGAAUGCGUGCAAUUCCAUCAUCAUUCGCAAUUCUAUCAUCAUCAUCA